GUUUCCUGUCUCUGUCUGCAGUCCACGAAGCCAGAGGGCUGAUGGGAAAAUCCCAAAGGUCAUGUGACUCAUAUGUGGAGCUGGCAGUGACCUCGAACCUCGACCGCGGCAUCAGGAUGACGACUCCGACCGUCCUGAACAACAAGAACCCAGAAUACAAACACAGCUUUACACUGUGUAUCCUUGACGACCUCAUCCUGAACAGGCUGUUGGUUUCUGUGGUCAGCAGGUGCGGCCAGCUGAUUGGAUGCAUGAGCUUUGGGAUUGGUUCUCUUGUCUCUUCCUCUAAGGUGAGUCCCAGCAGCCUGUCCACACUUCAGGCUUCCAGCUUCCUGUCGGUGGUGACGGGCGCUGAUUGAUCCAUUAGUUGAUAAAAAGAAAAGAAACUCACUCGGGCCUUUGGGCUUGAGUUUUCUGAUAUUUUAUCAUUUACUUGAAUUUAUUUAUUUAUUUGAAGUGAUGAAGUGAUUAAUCAGAUGAGUUAGUUUCGGCCAUAGUUCCAGGAGAUGAAUCCACCUGCAGAGCUUCAUGUGGAGCGUCUCACUGCAGAGAAGUCUUUUCUUUUGAGCGUCGAUCAGCAUCUUUGUAAUUAUCUUCAAAACACCAACAAGAAUCAGAGACAACAUGAAGCCUUUCUCUGACGCGACGUCGACAUGUGACAGUCUGUAGGAAAAGAAAAGAGAGCCUCUCAGCGGCUCAGGCUGAGGGCAGGGAUCCAGCUUCAUGCACAUGUUUAAUCCCACUCUGAGCUUUAAUGAGAUGCUGGCCCCGCCCCCUCUGUGUCGGCAGCGUGUGACUGGUUGGUUCUACCUGCUGGGGGAGGAGUUUGGGAGGAGCAAACACCUGAGAGUGACAUCACAGCAGCGCAAACCAAUGAGGAAGCCAGAGGACGCACCAGCAG